AUGUCGGUGGCGUUUUCAUCUGCGCGCCCCAGGAGUAAAGGAGAGGUGACACAGCAAAUGAUCCAGAAGAUGCUGGAUGAAAAUCACCAUUUAAUACAAUGUAUAAUGGAUUACCAAAGUAAAGGCAAGACCGCUGAAUGCACACAAUAUCAGCAAAUCCUUCACAGAAAUCUUGUGUAUUUGGCCACAAUAGCUGAUUCGAAUCAGAACAUGCAGUCGCUACUUCCUGCUCCUCCCACCUCUAAUAUGUCCAUGGGUCCAGGAGGGAUGGGCCAGAGUGGGGGGCAUGUUCCAGGUAACCUCAAUGACAACAUGGCAUCAGGAUUGCCCUCGACAUCAAUGAUCCAGAGUCAAAUGAGCAAUGGCCCCAGCCAUGCCCCCAUGCAGCAGCAGGCUGGUCAGGUGCAGUCGGCUAUGCCCUCCUCGUCUCUCAGCCUGCCAGCAAGCAGCUAUGGUAGCUCAGUCUCCGGCUACAGCCACCCUGCUCCCUCCUCCCAGGGAAGCAUGGUCCAGGGCCCCGGGCCUGGUUAUGGCUCUACCUCCUCUUCCUCCACCACGCCCUCAUCCUCUUCUUCCUCCUCCUCCUCCUCCUCCUCCCGCAGCAACCUCAACAUGCAGUCCAACCAAGUCUCCAUGAUGCAUCAGCAGUCUGCCACUCCGCACUACUCAUCAGGCCAGGCUGGGGGUCAGCAUUAUCAGGGACAGCAGGCCAUGGGUAUGAUGGGUCAGGGCAGUCAAGGAAACAGCAUGAUGUCUCAGAGGCCCAUGGGAUCGUACCGCUCUUCUCAGCAAGGAUCUGCACAGCAGUACAUGGGACAAGACGAGUUCUACGGAGAGCAGUAUGGACACACUCAGAGCUCCAGCGAGCCCAUUAACCAGCAGUAUUACCCAGAUGGUCAUGGGGACUAUUCUUAUCAACAGUCCUCUUAUGGCGAGCAAGGCUAUGACAGGUCAUUUGAUGAGACUUCACAGCAUUACUAUGAAGGAGGUAAUUCUCAGUACAGCCAACAACAGUCUCAGUAUCAGCAGAGCUCCGGCCAGCAGCAGCCCUUCAGCCAGCAGCAGUAUUCCUCCCAACAAGCCUACAGUGGGCAGCCGCAGGGAUACGGUCCUGGACAGGGAGGAUCGUCUCAGUAUCAACAGUAUCAACAGGGUCAAAGCCAACAGUAUGGAUCGUACCGCUCUUCCCAGGGAGGCCCUGGGGCGCAAACUCAGAGGCCAUACGCCUACGAACAGGGUCAGUAUGGAAACUAUCAGCAAUAAGCCACCACACUGUUUUGCGAAGGAAACGAAGUGUCGGAC